AUGUCCUCUCACAUCAAGUGCAGUGAGCUGAUUUUCUUCAUUAAUGGGAAGAAGAUCACUGAAAAGAAUGCAGACCCUGAAGAAAUGCUCCUCAACUAUCUCAGGAGGAAAGUGCGCCUCACCGGUACCAAGUAUGGCUGUGGAAGUGGGGGGUGUGGGGCCUGCACCGUGAUGGUGUCCCGGUAUGACCCACUCCAGGACACAGUUCUUCACUACUCAGUGAACGCCUGCCUGCUGCCCAUCUGUACCCUGCACGGCAUGGCUGUGGUGACAGUGGAAGGGAUCGGCAGCACUAAGACCAAACUACAUCCAGUGCAGGAGCGCAUAGCUAAGGCACACGGAUCUCAGUGUGGGUUCUGCACCCCGGGGAUGGUGAUGUCCAUGUACACCCUGCUCAGGAACCGCCCCCAGCCCACUGUAGAGGACAUCCAGGAGGCCCUGGGGGGGAACCUCUGCCGCUGUACCGGUUACAGACCAAUCAUUGAUGGGUUCAAGACAUUCUGCGGUGCUUCAGACUGCUGCCAGAAUGGGGAGGGAGUCAAAAAGUGCUGCAUGGAGAACGGCACUACGCACCAGGACGAGGGCGAGGAUGCCGACAUUUCAGAUGAGUUAUUCUGCCUGGACGAUGUCUUGCCCCACGACCCCUCCCAGGACCUAAUUUUUCCCCCUGAGCUGAUGCUCAUGGCACAGAGAAAAGAUGGCAGCCGUCUGUAUUUCCAAAGCGACAGGGUCACAUGGAUCUCCCCAGGGGACCUGUCUGACCUGUUGGAGCUCAAAGCGGCACACCCUGACGCACCGUUGGUGGUGGGAAACACGACUGUGGGCCCUAAUAUGAUGCUGAAGGGGGUGCAUCACUCAGUGGUCAUCUCGCCUGGGAGAGUUCUGGAACUGCGCGCAAUAAAGAGGGGAAAGAGCGGUGUGACCGUGGGGGCAGCUUGCAGCCUGUCCACAGUGAAGGACGAGCUGGAGAGGGCGGUGCAGGAGCUGGAUCAGGAGAAGAGUAAGGUUUACCAGGCCCUGCUGCAGACCCUCCGCUGCUUGGCCGGGAAACAAAUCCGCAACAUGGCGACCAUCGGGGGCAACAUAUUGAGUGCCAACCCUAAGUACGAUCUCAACAGCAUCCUGGCUGCUGCGGACUGUAGCCUGCUGGUCAUUUCUAAAGGUGGGACAAGAGAGGUCCCUCUGAAUGAGGAGUUCUUCACAGGCUUGGGGAAGACCUGUCUUAGGCCCGAUGAAGUCCUCCUCUCUGUCCACAUCCCCCACUCCAAACCAUGGGAGUUUGUCUCCGCCUUCCGUCAGGCCCAGCGCAGGGAGUUUGCCUUCUCUAUCGUCAAUGCCGGGAUGAAAGUAGUGUUCAGGGAAGACACGGAUGUGGUGAAGUCCCUGAACAUCUACUAUGGAGGUGUGGGACCCACGCUGGUCAGGACCAGACACACUUGUGAGGAGCUCAUUGGCCGGGCUUGGGACGAGGAUCUACUGGGGGAGGCAUGCCAGUUGCUUGGAGAUGAGGUUGCCCUGUCUCCCUCUGCUCAUGGUGGGAGGGUGGAAUUCCGCAAGACCCUGAUCCUUAGCUUCCUCUUCAAGUUCUACAUGCAGGUCCUACAGGAGCUGAGACAGAGGGGUGUUGGGGUCAGUGACCUGCCCCUGGAGUACCUCAGCGCACUGAAACCUUUCAAGAAUGAGGUGCCACAGGGACACCAAUCUUAUCAGCUGGUUUCUGAGAGCCAGUCCCCUGAAGACCCAGUGGGCCGUCCCAAAGUGCACCAUUCCUCAUUCCAGCAGGCCACAGGAGAGGCGAAAUACUACGAUGACCUGCCCACCACCCAAGAUGAGCUCUUCUUGUUCAUGGUGACCAGCACCAGAGCACAUGCCAAAAUCAUCUCCAUUGAUGACUCUGAGGCUCUGGGCAUGCCCGGAGUGAUCACCUUCGUGUCGGCUCGUGACGUCCCUGGUCAGAACCGGAGGCUGUGGUUCAAUGACCCCGAGGAGCUCUUUGCCGAGGAGGAGGCCAUCUGUGUGGGGCAGAUCAUUGGUGCAGUUGUGGCAGAAACCAGGGAGCAGGCCAAAAGGGCGGCGGAGAAAGUCCAAAUCACCUACGAGGACCUGUCCCCAGUCUUCUUCACCAUUGAGGAGGCUAUUCAGCAUGAGUCUUUCUUCAACCCAAAGAGGAAACUGGAGAGGGGCAAUGUGGAAGAGGCCUUUGAGAAAGUGGACCGCAUUCUUGAAGGUGAGAUCUACAUGGGGGGUCAAGAGCACUUCUACAUGGAAACACAGGGGGUCAUUGCUAUCCCCCGAGGAGAGGAUGGGGAGAUGGACCUGUACGCAUCCAGCCAGCAUGCAGCUUUCACUCAGGAGGUGGUAGGUAUAACGCUGGGUGUUGAUUCCAACAAGAUCACCUGUCACGUGAAGAGACUGGGAGGUGGCUUUGGAGGCAAAGUCAUGAAAAUCGCUUCCCUCUCCGCCAUAACGGCCACUGCCGCACACAAGACUGGGCGUGCGGUACGCUGUGUUCUAGACCGUGGGGAUGACAUGUUGAUUACUAGCGGCCGACACCCUUUCCUGGGAAAGUACAAGGUGGGAUUUAUGAAUGAUGGCACAGUAUUGGCAGUGGACAUGACUUUGUACAGCAACGGAGGGUGCACUUUGGACGAGUCUCCAUUUAUAAUGGAGAAAGCCCUGCUCCACCUGGACAACGGCUACAAGAUCCCCAACUUGCGUGGGCGAGGUCUGGUGUGCAAGACCUACCUGCCGUCCUACACAGCGUUCCGAGGCUUUGGAGGUCCCCAGGGCCUGACCAUGAUCGAGAGCGUACUUCACGAGGUGGCGAUCAAGUGUGGCCUACCACCCGAAAAGGUGAGGGACAUUAACAUGUACAGGGAGGAGCCAUCCUACAGCCACCACAAACAGAUCUUCUCCCCCCGUGACAUGGUGCGUUGCUGGGAGGAGUGUCUGGAAAAGUCAGCCUACAACAACCGCCGCCUGGCCAUCGCCCAGUUCAAUGCCAACAACCGCUGGAAGAAGAGGGGAAUUUCUGCUGUGCCAAUCAAAUUUGGCGUUGGAUUCUCCAAGUGGUUCUACAACCAGGGUGCAGCACUGGUAAACAUCUUCAAGGAUGGCUCAGUGCUGGUGUCUCACGGGGGCACUGAGAUGGGCCAGGGCCUGAACACAAAGGCUAUGCAGAUUGCCAGUCGCAUCUUGAAGGUGCCCAUGUCCUUAAUCCACAUUAAAGAGACGUGCACAGGGAAUGUCCCCAAUGCUGCCCCAUCUGCUGCCUCCUACGGCACGGACGCUGUGGGCAUGGCUGUGAAGGACGCCUGUGAAAAGCUCAUGAAACGACUGGAGCCGGUCAUCAAAGAGUAUCCCAAACACACAUGGGCCCGACUGAUUGUUGAGGCCUAUUGUCAGCGAAUAAGCCUGUCAGCGACUGGCUUCUUCAUGGGCCCUUACACAAACGUGGACUGGGAGAACAGCGAGGGGAGAGCCUACUUCUACUUCACCUUUGGGGCUUGCUGCUCAGAAGUGGAAAUCGACUGUUUGACAGGAGACCAUAAAAACAUAAGAACUGACAUUGUGAUGGAUGUCGGGAGAAGCCUCAAUCCAGCUCUUGAUGUGGGACAGAUUGAGGGUGGCUUUGUACAGGGUAUUGGCCUCUACACCACCGAAGAGCUGCAGUUCUCCCCUGAGGGCAGCCUGAUGACCCGUGGGCCAUCCCAGUACAAGAUCCCAGCACUGUGUGACAUCCCGCCCCAGAUGAAUAUCCACCUGCUGGCCAACGCACAGAACCCCCAUGCCAUCUACUCCUCCAAGGGGAUUGGGGAGCCCCCUGUGUUCUUCGGCUGUACCAUCUUCUUUGCUAUCAAAGAGGCGAUUGCGGCGGCCCGCAGAGAGAGCGGGCUGAGCAGCAGCUUCCCCCUGAAUGCCCCGGCAACCGCUGAGAGGAUACGCAUGGCCUGCGUGGACCGCUUCACCCAGAUGGUUCCAACUCCAGAGCCAGGAACUUUCAAACCGUGGGCCAUCAACGUGUGAUUCAGAGAUGGCAGCAACCGGAUGGUGACCCAUUUGAAGCAGGACAUUUAACUUUGUCAAACCCAAAUUGAUUAGCCUGUGGUUUGAGGCUUGUUUGCAUUUUUUGGCCAUUUGCUAUUGAUCAUUCCAGCAUCAUUCCAAUUGUGUUCCAUGCAAACAUCUCUUACUUUUGCUUGCUUCUGCACAUUGUAUUUUGAC